UGGCGCCUAGUUAGAUGUGUCUCCCCACUCCUACACAGAAAACACAAACUCUGUGGAAAAACUCUGGAUAUACACCGGGAAUACCGACGACAACAUUCACGAGCCGCUUUCCACAACACUUUCAUGUGUGAGAAUGAUGCGCUGGGUGCCCACGAAAAAGGAAAAGUACGGUGUCGCCAUCUAUAACUAUGAUGUGCGCUGUGAUGAAGAGUUGUCCUUACAAAUUGGAGACACCGUACACAUUCUGGAGACAUACGAAGGAUGGUAUCGAGGGUAUCGGCUGAGGAGAAAAUCAAAAAAGGGUGUGUUUCCUGCUUGUUAUGUACAUCUAAAGGAAGCCACGGUUGAAGGCAGUGGGCAAAAAGAGACAGUUAUUCCUACUGAGCUGCCGUUGGUUCAUGAGGUCACGACUACGUUGCGAGAAUGGGCGGCAAUAUGGAGGGAACUCUACGUGGGUGACAGGCGUGAAAUGUUUAACACAGUGCGGGACAUGAUCUACGACUUGAUUGAAUGGCGUUCACAGAUCCUGUCCGGCACCCUCCCGCAGGAUGAGAUGUCAGAACUCAAACAGAAAGUCACCUCCAAGAUGGACUAUGGGAACAAGUAUUUAGACUUGGAUCUGGUGGUGAGAGAUAAAGAUGGGAAUAUUUUAGAUCCUGACCUGACCAGCACCAUCAAUCUGUUCCGAGCGCACGAAACCGCGUCCAAACGGAUUGAAGCUCGCAUCCAAGAGGAGAAGUCUCAGAAGCAGAACUUGGAUUUGAGCAGGCAGGCGAAGUUUGCCUCGACGCCCUCCUUCGCUCUGUUCGUCACGCUCAAGAACGUUGUGUGCAAAAUAGGAGAAGACGCAGAAGUGCUUAUGUCACUAUACGACCCGAUUGAGUCCAAGUUUAUCAGUGAAAACUAUCUUGUGCGCUGGUCCAGCUGUGGUUUGGUGAAAGACAUUGAUCAACUUCAUAACCUGCGUGCUGUGUUUACCGAUCUGGGCAGUGAGGAUCUGAAGAGGGACAAAAUCAGUUUCGUUUGUCAGAUCGUUCGAGUGGGCAGAAUGGAACUCCGAGAUAACAACACUAAAAAAUUAACGUCUGGCCUCCGCAGGCCCUUUGGCGUGGCAGUAAUGGACGUUACUGACAUCAUCACCGGCAAAAUGAACGAUGAAGACAAGCAACACUUUAUUCCGUUCCAACCGGUGGCAGGCGAGAAUGACUUCCUCCAGACCGUCAUCAACAAGGUCAUCGCUGCCAAAGAGGUCAAUCACAAAGGUCAAGGUUUGUGGGUUACACUGAAGUUGCUUCCAGGUGACAUUCAUCAGAUCCGAAAAGAUUUCCCACACCUGGUGGACCGAUCCACUGCCAUAGCUCGCAAAAUGGGCUUCCCGGAAAUCAUCAUGCCAGGUGAUGUUCGGAAUGACAUUUACAUGACACUCGUCCAGGGGGAUUUUGAUAAAGGCAGCAAGACGACGCCUAAGAACGUGGAGGUCACCAUGUCUGUACACGAUGAAGAUGGCAAGAAAUUGGAGAGCGUGAUCUUCCCUGGUGCCGGUGAUGAAGGCAUUCUGGAGUACAAAUCGGUCAUCUACUACCAGGUCAAACAGCCACGCUGGUUUGAAACCAUCAAGGUCGCAAUUCCGAUUGAAGACGUCAACCGGAGUCAUCUUCGCUUCACCUUCAAACACAGAUCAUCUCAAGAUUGCAAGGAUAAAUCAGAGAAGAACUUUGCUUUGUCGUUUGUCAAGCUGAUGAGAUAUGACGGCACAACACUGAGAGAUGGGGAGCACGAUCUCAUCGUAUAUAAGGCCGAUGCCAAGAAAUUGGAGGACUCGUCCUUGUAUCUCAACUUGGCCUCCAGCAAACCAGAGAUGGAAGAGAAGAUUCUUUCUUCAGGGAAGAACACGCAGAAUCUCGGGAGCUUCACCAUCAGCAAAGACUCGUUCCAGAUCUCUACGUUGGUGUGCUCCACUAAACUCACACAGAACGUUGAUCUCCUGGGGCUUCUGAAGUGGAGAUCAAACACAAGUUUACUACAGCAGAAUCUACGUCACCUCAUGAAGGUGGAUGGAGGAGAGGUCGUCAAGUUUUUGCAGGACACUUUGGACGCUCUCUUCAACAUUAUGAUGGAGAAUUCAGACAGUGAAACAUUCGAUACGCUAGUGUUUGAUGCUCUGGUCUUUAUAAUCGGACUGAUUGCUGACAGGAAGUUCCAUCACUUUAAUCCUGUUCUGGAGACAUACAUCCGCAAACACUUCAGCGCCACCCUCGCCUAUACAAAACUGAUGAAAGUUUUGAAGAACUAUGUGGAUAAUGCCGAGAAGCUCACAGACCAGCUGCUGAAAGCCCUGAAAGCUUUGGAGUACAUCUUCAAAUUCAUCGUGAGGUCUCGUGUUCUCUUUAACCAACUCUACGAGAACAAAGGCGAGAGUGAUUUCAUGGAGUCCCUUCGGAAUCUCUUUGCCUCGUUUAACGCCAUGAUGAACAGCAAUGCCGACGGUACCAGCGGGGUGAAGGGUGUGGCACUGAAGUACGUCCCCACUAUUGUCAAUGAUCUCAAACUGGUCUUCGAUCCAAAGGAGCUCAGUAAGCUGUUCAGUGAGUUUAUUCUCAAAGUUCCUCUGGGUCGUCUGGUGAAGCAGAAGUUGAAUUGCAUGAUCGACAUUGUUCAUAGCGACUUGUUCACCCAACAUGACUGCAGGGAGAUCCUCCUGCCUCUGAUGACAGAUCAGCUGAAGUUUCACCUGGAGAGUGGAGAAGAGCUGGAUUCCUGCUGUCAGUUACUCAGCAACAUCCUGGAAGUGCUCUACAGGAAAGAUGUGGGUCCAACGCAGUUGCACGUCCAAAUAAUAAUGGAGAAACUUUUGAGGACUGUAAACAGAACGGUGAUCUCAAUGGGCAGAGACUCAGCUCUCAUUGGCAGUUUUGUAGCAUGUAUGACGGCCACUCUGAGGCAAAUGGACGAUUAUCACUACACACACCUCAUCAGCACGUUUGGGAAGAUGCGCUCGGAUGUGGUGGAUUUCCUCAUGGAGACGUUUAUCAUGUUUAAGGAUCUUAUCGGGAAGAAUGUCUAUCCUGCUGACUGGGUCAUAAUGAACAUGAUGCAAAAUAAAGUGUUCCUGCGAGCUAUCAAUCAGUACGCUGCCGUACUCAGUAAGAAGUUCCUUGACCAAACCAACUUUGAGCUGCAGCUGUGGAAUAACUACUUCCACCUCGCUGUGGCAUUCCUAACUCAGGAGUCUUUGCAAUUGGAGAACUUCUCAAGCGACAAACGGGCAAAGAUCUUCCAAAAGUAUCAAGACAUGAGACGACAGAUUGGCUUCGAGAUCAGAGACAUGUGGUAUAACCUGGGUCCACACAAGAUCAGGUUCAUCCCUGAGAUGGUGGGUCCAAUUCUAGAGAUGACAUUAGUUCCGGAGAUCGAACUGCGUAAAGCCACGAUCUCCAUCUUCUUCGACAUGAUGCAGUGCGAGUUUCACUUCAGACGCUGUUUCCAAACGUUUGAGAAUGAGAUCAUCACCAAGCUGGAUCAUGAGGUGGAAGGCGGCAGAGGAGACGAGCAAUACAAACUCCUGUUUCAGAAGAUUCUGUUGGAGCACUGCAGGAAACACAAGUAUCUGGCUAAAAGUGGUGAAACCUUUGUGACUCUGGUGGUCCGUCUGUUGGAGAGACUUCUGGACUACAGAACCAUCAUGCACGAUGAGAACAAAGAGAACCGCAUGAGCUGCACUGUGAACGUACUGAAUUUCUACAAGGAGAUCGAGAGAGAAGAGAUGUACAUCAGGUAUCUGUAUAAACUCUGUGACCUGCAUAAAGAGUGUGAUAACUACACAGAGGCUGGAUACACACUGCUGCUGCACGCCAAACUCCUCAAGUGGUCUGAAGAGGCAUGUGCCGCCCACCUGACGCAGAGAGACGGUUACCAGGCGACCACUCAGGGUCAACUCAAAGACCAGCUCUACCAGGAGAUCAUCAAUUACUUCGACAAGGGCAAGAUGUGGGAGGAGGCCAUUAUCCUGGGAAAGGAGUUAGCCGAACAGUACGAGAACGAAAUGUUUGACUUUGAGCAGCUGAGUGCUUUGCUGAGGAAGCAGGCUCAGUUUUAUGAGAGCAUCGUCAAGGUAAUUAGACCAAAGCCAGACUACUUCGCUGUUGGUUAUUAUGGGCUGGGCUACCCCUCGUUCCUCAGGAAUAAGAUGUUCAUUUAUCGUGGAAAGGAGUAUGAACGGUGGGAGGAUUUUGUGGCACGACUGCUUACUCAGUUCCCCAAUGCUGAAAAGAUGAAGACCACGACUCCAGCCAGUGAGGACAUCAAGAACUCUUCUGGACAGUACAUUCAGUGUUUCACAGUGAAGCCCAUUCUAGAACUACCACCCAAAUUUCAGAACAAACCAGUGUCAGAGCAGAUCGUGAGCUUUUACACUGUAAACGAAGUUCAGAAGUUCCAGUAUUCACGACCGGUCCGGAAAGGAGAGAAAGAUCCAGAUAAUGAGUUUGCUAACAUGUGGAUUGAACGGACAACUUACGUCACGGCAUAUAAACUGCCCGGCAUCCUGCGCUGGUUUGAAGUCAUGUCGGUCUCAGCUGAGGAAAUCAGUCCUUUGGAGAAUGCCAUGGAGACCAUGCAGCUGACCAAUGAAAAAAUCAACAACAUGGUUCAGCAGCACCUCAGUGACCCGAGCCUUCCCAUUAACCCCCUCUCCAUGCUGCUCAAUGGCAUUGUGGACCCAGCUGUCAUGGGCGGCUUCACUAAUUAUGAGAAGGCUUUUUUCACAGAGAAAUACAUCCAGGAACACCCAAAUGACCAAGAGAAGAUUGAAAAGCUAAAGGACCUGAUUGCCUGGCAGAUCCCAUACCUGGUUGAAGGAGUUCGUAUCCAUGGCAAGAAGGUGACGGAGGCUCUUCGGCCAUUUCACGAGCGUUUGGAGGCGUGUUUCAAACAGCUCAAAGAGAAGGUGGAGAAACAGUAUGGCAUCAGAACACUACCUCCCAUGUCGGAUGAACUCCGGGGCAGUCGACCACGUUCGAUGGUUCGGUCAUUCACCUUGCCGUCAUCUCAGAGGCCGCUGUCUGUCGUGUCUGUGAGGUCCAUAUCAUCAGACAACUCUCCCUCCAGACCGGGAUCAGACGGAUUUGCCUUGGAGCCUCUCUUACCAAAGAAGCUACAUAGUAAGUCUCAGGACAAGUUGGACCGAGACGAACCUGAGAAGGAGAAAAGGAAGGAGAAACGGAACAGUAAACAUCAGGAGAUUUUCGAAAAAGAGCUGAAGGCCACUGAUUUUCCCCUGCAGUCCAAUGAGGCCGUUAUACUGUCAGAGACUAUCAGUCCUUUGAGACCCCAGAGGCCGAAAAGUCAGGUGAUCAACUUGCUGGGCGAGAAGAGGCUCUCUGUGUCACCAGGACCCCCUGCCAACUCAACUGCACCCACCGUCCCGCCCCCCAUCACCCCCCGAGCCAAACUACAAUUCAGCUUACUGUCUGGAUCCAAUCUAGAACUUAAUGGGACGAGUUAUGGAGAUAAGGGCGAAACUCCACCCCCACUUCCUGUCAAAAGCAGCAUGGGUGACUAUGGAAACCUGAUGGACAACUCAGACCUGGCCAGUCCAACCACACCCCCUCCACCACCGCCACACCAGCGGCACCUCCCACCCCCCUUACCGAGCAAAACCCCUCCUCCUCCUCCUCCAAAGACCACUCGGAAGCAGACCUCCAUCGACUCGGGAAUCAUCCAGUAAGCGAGAAGACACCUUCGGCAAAUGGAGACAUCAGUGUCGCUCCCCUCUUCCAAUGAUUUUCUGUCAACAUCCCUGACAGCAGACGUGAUGAAUACAUCACCUCGGCUCCUCUAUAACAGCUGAUUAUUCUGUGUUCAGAGGAAGCUGUCCACUGCCGGAUCACUCCUCAAAGCGUCAACACAAUUGAUAAAACAUGCUGCGAAACACAGUUUAUUUCGUAUCACUCCUCGCCAGACACGAGCAUAUAUAGAUGCAGUGUAACUGGAGUCUGGGAAUUCUGAGUAUUUUUGGCAGAGGGAGCACAUUAUACUUAUGAAAUUACACUUGACGAUGGAUAGAGAUUUGGCCGUUGGGUGGGAAUAUGAUUAGGAGAUGUUAUUUAUCAACAUUUAUAAAGGGUUAGUUCACCCAAAAAUGAAAAUUCAUCCUUUACUCACCCACUUAUGUUGUUCCAAACCUGUAUGACUUGCUUUCUUCUGUCGAACACAAUGAAAAGGUUUGGUCGCAGAAGAAAUAGUCAUACGGAUUUGGAAUAACAUGAGGGUGUGUAAAUGAUGACAGAAUUUAAAUUUUUGGGUGACACAAGACCAACGCAAGCUACUUGGUUUGUUGCAUAAUCCCCUUUUUGUCAUUUUUACAUGAUCUUUUUAUCCUCAAUAUAUACACAUUGAUGUACAGGGGUUUGUAUAUAUGAUUUUAUUUGUAUUUGUUUCUUAAGAAGUUAAUUUUAUCUUUUUUGUAUUCGCGAUGCAUUUAAACAAUUGGCAUUUUUAUCGAAAAGAGGCUUAUUGAACUUGGGAGGGACAGUAAAAGGUAUUCUUAAAAGUAUAUUGAUUUUAUGUCAUGCUGUCAUUUUUUCUUUCUUAUUUGGAGUGAAAACAACUAAAUGUUAUUGUACCAGUCAAGCAUAUAAACCACAUAAUCGCAAGAUCAUGCAUAUCAAUAACAUUGACUGCUCCAAAUUCACUACUGACUUAUGAAUAAACUCAA